AUGAAGGAGUAUCCGGAUUACAAAUACCGGCCCCGAAGGAAGACCAAGACCUUGCUGAAGAAGGACAAAUACUCGCUGCCCGGCAAUCUGCUGGCCCCGGGAGGGGGCAACGCGGUAAGCAGCCCCGUCGGGGUGGGGCAGAGGAUUGACACUUAUGCCCACAUGAACGGCUGGACCAACGGGGCUUACUCGCUGAUGCAAGACCAGCUGGGCUACAGCCAGCACCCGGGCAUGAACAGCCCCCAGCUGCAGCAGAUGCACCGCUACGACAUGACGGGUCUGCAGUACAGCCCCAUGAUGUCCACGGCCCAGACCUACAUGAACGCCGCCUCCACCUACAGCAUGUCCCCCGCUGCCUACGGCCAGCAGCCCUCCACGGCCAUGAGCCUGGGCUCCAUGGGCUCGGUGGUGAAAUCCGAGCCCAGCUCACCGCCUCCGGCCAUCGCUUCCCACUCGCAGAGGGCCUGCCUGGGAGACCUGCGGGAUAUGAUCAGCAUGUACCUGCCCCCCGGGGGGGAUGCCACAGACCCUUCCGCCCUGCAGGGCAGCAGGUUACACAGCGUCCACCAGCACUACCAGAGUGCCGGGACUGGCGUGAAUGGUACCGUACCACUAACUCACAUAUAAACUUGGCUGCUCGGGCGGCUCCCCGUCUUAAUCCCUAACCCCACCACCGCUCCUGACUACACUGGGAUGUACGGCAGUGUUGCUCCGCUUAGCAGACUUAAAUAUUAACUUUGGAGAAAUUUUGAAAAGGAAAUCCGUUAGUUGUGUCAUUUUUUUUUUGUACAAAAAAUAUUUGAGCAAGCUGUUAUUUUAAUAGAGCACAACUCUUGCCUCCUAGAAGCCGCUGUGAAGUUUUUAAACCACAGCAACUUCUUUCCUGGUUUCUGCUAGGUUGGGCACUGUUUUAUUCGCUUAAAAGUUUUUACAAUAUCUUUCAUCUUCCAGUUUGAUUUCUAGCGUUGCAAUAUUAAAAAAAAAAAAACCAACCAGCGGGCUUUUGUUUUUAAACUCGGUUGUUAAUCUUAUCGUUGUGGUUUAAGUGU